CAAAGCUUCUUCCACUCAGUCUUUGCCUACUCUCUCUCCGAUCUCGUUCCCGCCUCUCUCUGUAAUUGCAAAAUGGAACGUGCUCGGAAGCUCGCUAACCGUCCGAUUUUACGGCGGCUGAUAUCGGAAGCAAAGCAGCUCCGCGCGGCGGGCGGAACGCCGGCCCCUGCUGCUGCAUUUCACACGCCGGCGAUAUGCGUUUCGUCUAUCGCCAAUUGCGCAUUCCGGAAUAAGAUCUGUGAUCCUUUUCGGCGUGGGAGUGGAUUUCGCGCGGAUCAGGUCCGGUCCAUCUCCGUCGAGUCGUUGAAACCCAGCGACACCUUCCCGCGCCGCCACAACUCGGCUACUCCGGAGGAGCAGUCGAAGAUGGCCGAGUUUUGCGGGUUCCCGAGUCUCGAUGCCCUCAUCGAUUCCACCGUUCCUCAGUCUAUUCGUAUCCAGUCCAUGGAAUUCCCCAAAUUCGACCAGGGACUCACGGAGGCGCAAAUGAUCGAGCAUAUGAAGGGUUUGGCGUCUAAGAACAAGGUUUUUAAGUCGUAUAUAGGGAUGGGGUAUUACAACACGUUUGUGCCUCCAGUGAUCCUGAGGAAUGUUAUGGAAAAUCCUGGUUGGUAUACUCAGUAUACUCCCUACCAGGCCGAGAUUUCGCAAGGCCGUCUUGAAUCCUUGCUGAAUUUUCAGACUAUGAUUACAGAUCUCACAGGUUUGCCCAUGUCCAAUGCGUCUCUGUUAGACGAGGGCACUGCUGCUGCAGAGGCAAUGGCCAUGUGUAAUAACAUCCAAAAGGGGAAAAAGAAAACUUUUGUUAUUGCCAGGAAUUGUCACCCCCAGACCAUUGAUGUUUGUAAAACACGAGCUGAUGGAUUUGAGGUCAAGGUAGUGACUGCGGACCUUAAGGAUAUCGAUUACAAGUCUGGGGAUGUUUGUGGAGUGUUGGUUCAGUAUCCUGGGACUGAGGGAGAGGUUUUGGACUACGCGGAUUUCAUCAAGAACGCGCAUGCCCAUGGGGUAAAGGUUGUAAUGGCCACAGAUUUGUUGGCUCUGACAAUGUUGAAACCCCCGGGUGAAUUCGGGGCUGAUAUUGUUGUCGGAUCUGCUCAGAGGUUUGGUGUUCCUAUGGGAUAUGGUGGUCCUCAUGCGGCUUUCCUGGCCACAUCCCAAGAGUACAAGAGAAUGAUGCCAGGGAGAAUUAUUGGUGUGAGUGUUGAUUCUGCAGGGAAACCAGCUCUGCGUAUGGCAAUGCAGACCAGGGAACAGCACAUCCGUAGGGAUAAGGCUACAAGCAACAUUUGCACUGCUCAGGCGUUGCUUGCCAAUAUGGCUGCUAUGUAUGCUGUUUACCAUGGGCCAGAAGGGCUUAAAACAAUUGCUCAACGUGUUCAUGGCCUUGCUGUAACUUUUGCUGCCGGAAUGAAAAAGCUCGGGACAGUGGAAGUCCAGAGUCUUCCAUUCUUUGACACUGUGAAGGUUUCGUGUGCUGAUGCAAAAGCAAUUGCUGGAGCUGCUUACGAAAAUGAGAUUAACUUGAGGAUUGUGGGAAACAACACCAUAACUGUUUCAUUUGAUGAAACAACCACAUUAGCAGAUGUCGACAAGCUGUUCGAAGUUUUUGCUUGUGGGAAGCCUGUGUCGUUCAGUGCCCAAUCUAUUGCACCGGAGGUUCAAAAUGCAAUUCCUUCCAGUCUUAUAAGGGAGACCCCCUAUUUGACUCACCCAGCAUUCAACAUGUACCAUACUGAGCAUGAGCUGCUCAGGUACCUUCACAGGCUGCAAGCGAAGGAUCUUUCUCUGUGCCAUAGCAUGAUUCCUCUUGGAUCCUGUACUAUGAAACUGAAUGCAACAUCUGAGAUGAUGCCAGUUACAUGGCCCAACUUUACAGAUAUUCAUCCGUUUGCACCUACUGAACAGGCUGCAGGUUUCCAGGAAAUGUUCAGUGAUUUGGGUGAUUUAUUGUGUACAAUUACUGGAUUUGAUUCAUUUUCCUUGCAACCUAAUGCUGGUGCUGCUGGAGAGUAUGCUGGAUUGAUGGUUAUUCGUGCAUAUCAUCUGUCAAGAGGUGACCAUCACCGCAAUGUAUGCAUUAUACCGGUAUCAGCACAUGGAACAAAUCCUGCAAGUGCAGCCAUGUGUGGAAUGAAAAUUGUAGCUGUUGGAACUGAUGCAAAAGGAAAUAUUAAUAUUGAAGAACUAAAGAAGGCUGCUGAGGCCAAUAAGGAAAACCUGGCUGCUCUUAUGGUUACUUAUCCUUCAACACAUGGUGUCUAUGAGGAAGGAAUUGAUGACAUAUGCAAUAUAAUUCAUGAUAAUGGCGGUCAAGUUUACAUGGAUGGAGCAAACAUGAAUGCACAGGUUGGUUUGACAAGUCCAGGCUUCAUUGGAGCAGAUGUUUGCCAUCUUAAUCUCCACAAAACAUUCUGCAUUCCUCACGGUGGAGGCGGUCCAGGCAUGGGUCCCAUCGGUGUGAAGAAACACCUUGCGCCAUUUUUGCCUUCACAUCCAGUGGUUCCAACUGGAGGUAUCCCUUCCCCUGAAAAGAGCCAGCCUUUGGGUACCAUAUCAGCUGCUCCUUGGGGAUCUGCACUUAUUUUGCCAAUAUCAUAUACCUAUAUUGCCAUGAUGGGGUCAAAGGGACUUACUGAAGCAUCAAAGAUAGCCAUCUUGAAUGCAAACUACAUGGCUAAACGCUUGGAGAGCCACUAUCCGGUUCUAUUCCGUGGUGUCAAUGGGACAUGUGCCCAUGAAUUCAUUAUUGAUUUGAGGGGAUUCAAGAGCACUGCUGGAAUCGAGCCUGAAGAUGUCGCUAAACGUCUUAUGGACUAUGGUUUUCAUGCACCAACUAUGUCAUGGCCUGUCCCGGGAACACUAAUGAUUGAACCAACCGAAAGUGAAAGCAAGGCAGAGUUAGACAGGUUUUGUGAUGCACUCAUUUCCAUUAGGGGAGAAAUUUCUCAGAUUGAGAAAGGGGAGUUUGAUAUUAACAAUAAUGUUCUUAAGAAUGCACCUCAUCCACCAUCUGUGCUCAUGGCGGACGAGUGGAAAAAACCAUAUUCUAGGGAAUAUGCUGCUUUCCCUGCUCCCUGGCUGAGAACUGCCAAAUUCUGGCCAUCUGCAGGGCGUGUGGACAACGUGUAUGGAGAUCGCAACCUUGUCUGCACUCUCCUCCCGCCAUCACAGAUGGCCGAAGAGCGUGCCGCCGCUGCUGCCACUGCUUAAGUAAGAAUGUCUCUUCCACAGUUCACAAGUACACACAGAUACCACAUUCAUUAUCAUUAUUAUUUACAAUGUGAACAGUUCACAAGUACACACAGAUACACACAGAUACCACAUUCAUUAUCAUUAUUAUUUAGCUGCAGUUGAUUUCUUUCAGUUUUCUUUUUUAUGUUUGUUUAUAGUAUACAGUAUAUAACUGCAGCUAACUGCUGUUGUGUAAUUA